AUGUCAUAUUUUGGUUAUAGAUAUGUGUCGCGUUCGCUCGGCUUCGCCCUGGGCUACCUGUACUGGUACGCUCUGGGCAUUCUUGUACCCUACGAGAUUACCGCUGCUGGUCUAGUCAUCGACUAUUGGCCUAACAGCGUCAAUAUUGCCGUGUGGAUCACAAUCAUGCUGGUGGUCAUUGUAGCACUGAACUUCAUGCCGGUGCGCUUCUAUGGAGAGACGGAGUUCUGGUUCGCAGGAACAAAGGUUAUCAUGAUGAUCGGACUUUUGAUGUUGUCAUUUAUCCUCUUUUGGGGCGGUGGACCAUCUCGAGACCGACUCGGAUUUCGAUAUUGGAAACAUCCAGGCGCGGCAGUACGUUAUACAGUAGGAAGCGGUGACGAUGCCUACACUCUACCGGGCAGCACGGGCCUGUUUGUUGGUUUCUGGCACACACUUGUCGCCUGUGUCUUCCCCUUCACAUUUGCUCCAGAGCUUAUCGUGGUCACCGGUGGCGAAAUGGCGAAUCCACGACGAAACCUCCCUAUUGCAGCGCGUCGAUACUUCUAUCGUCUCGUCAUCUUCUACGUCCUUUCCGUCUUGGCGAUUGGAGUGACCUGCCCCUCCGACGACGCACGAUUGAAUAACGGAGGUGCCGGCGCUGGCUCAUCGCCUUUUGUCGUCGCCAUCGCGAACGCCGGGAUCAGCACGCUACCAAGCAUCGUGAACGCCGUUAUUCUGAUUUCUGCAUGGUCAUCGGGGAACUCGUUCUUGUACAUCUCCAGCCGAGCGUUGUAUUCCCUAGCGGUUCAAGGGUCUGCACCUAGUAUCUUUAAGGCGUGCAACCGCUGGGGUGUCCCAUACAAUGCUGUCGCCGUAAGUUCUCUGUUCACCGCCCUUGCGUACUUGAAUGUGGCUUCAUCCGGCUCUGUCGUCUUCAACUGGUUCGUUAAUUUGACGAAUACCUGGGGAAUGAUCUCCUGGAUUUGCUGCGGCAUCAUUUACCUUCGAUUCCGAAAGGCAGCCAAGGUGCAAGGUGUCGAAGUGCCCUAUCGUCAUUGGAUACAACCAUAUGGCGCUUACAUUGCCAUAUUCAUGUUCACAUUGCUAUGCUUGACCAAUGGAUUCACCGUGUUCUUCCCUAAGAACUGGUCAGCUAGCUCCUUCUUGACAGCUUACAUUGGCAUCCCCAUCUUUCUGGUCAUGUACUUCGGCCACCGAGCAUAUUUCUGGAAAGAUAGUUGGGCAUGGGCUCCGGAUGAGGUCGACAUGCAGACCGGCCUUCAGGAAGUCAUCGAUGCGGAGCAACCAAUGAAAGAAAGGAAGGGACCGUUCAAGUAUAUCUUUAGGAUUAUUGAAUGA